AUGGCCUGGAUGGACUAUUCGGCUGGAACAUUCAUGUUAAAUAAAAUGAUACCAUCUGGUCAUAAGUUCGGUUAUGGGGGAGAAGGGACAAAAUCUAGUGGGUCUCAUGGCUCGAAGAAAACACACGGAUGGUUUGGAGGUCUUGGCUCUCAUGGUAAUAAGUUCGGUUUUGGAGGAGCAAGAAAUAUAUCAAGUGAGUCUCAUGGCUCAAAGAAAACGAACGGAUGGUUUGGAGGUCUUGGCUCUCAUGGUAAUAAGUUCGGUUUUGGAGGAGCAAGAAAAAUAUCAAGUGAGUCUCAAGGCUCAAAGAAAACACACGGACGGUUUGGAGGUCUUGGCUCUCAUGGUAAUAAGUUCGGUUUGGGAGGAGCAGGGAAAAUAUCAAGUGAGUCUCAAGGCUCAAAGAAAACACACGGAUGGUUUGGAGGUCUUGGCUCUCAUGGUAAUAUUAAAAGUGGUAAUAAGUUCGGUUUUGGAGGAGCAUUUACAAAAUCAAGUGAGUCUCAUAGCUCGAAGAAAACUCACGAAUCGCUUGGAAGUCAUGGCUCUGAUGGUAGCAGUAAAAGUGGUCCUAAGUUCGGUUUUGGGGGAGCUUGGACAAAAUCGAGUAAGUCUCAUGGCUCGAAAGAAAGUCACGAAUCGGUUGGAAGCCAUAGCUCUCAUGGUAGUAGUAAAAGUGGUAAUAAGUUCGGUUUGGGGGGAGCUUGGACAAAAUCAAGUGAUUCUCAUGGCUCGAAGAAAACUCACGAAUCGCUUGGAAGUCAUGGCUAUGAUGGUAGCAGUAAAAGUGGUCCUAAGUUCGGUUUUGGAGGAACGCUGACAAAAUCAAGUGAGUCUCAUGGCUCGAAAGAAACUCACGUAUCAGUUGGAAGUCAUGCCUCUGAUGGUAGCAGUAAUAGUGUUCCUAAGUUCGGUUUGGGGGGAGCUUGGACAAAAUCAAGUGAGUCUCAUGGCUCGAAGAAAUCUUACGAAUUGGUUGGAAGUCAUGGCUCUCAUGGUAGUAGUAAAAGUGGUAAAUCAGCACACGGCUCAAAAAGUCGAAAAAGUGAAAAUAAUAGUAAACUGCAAUUACCACCAUCGCCACCAAACCGACCACCAUUACCACCCAAUCGUCCACCAUCACCGCCAGUCCGACCACCAUUACCGCCAAUCCGACCACCAUCACCGCCGAACCCACCGCCAUUGCCGCCAAUCCGACCACCAUCACCGCCAAUCCGACCACCAUUACCGCCAAACCCACCGUCAUUGCCGCCAAUCCGACCACCAUCACCGCCAAUCCGACCACCAUCACCGCCGAACCCACCGCCAUUGCCGUCAAUCCGACCACCAUCACCGCCAAUCCGACCACCAUUACCGCCGAACCCACCGCCAUUGCCGCCAAUCCGACCACCAUCACCGCCAAUCCAACCACCAUCACCGCCAAUCCGACCACCAUCACCGCCGAACCCACCGCCAUUGCCGCCAAUCCGACCACCAUCACCGCCGAACCCACCGCCAUUGCCGCCAAUCCGACCACCAUCACCGCCAACCCGACCACCAUUACCGCCGAACCCACCGCCAUUGCCGCCAAUCCGACCACCACCACCUCCAACACCUCUACCGAAAACAACGCGUCGUCAUAAUGAUCUUUACCCGCAAAUUACUACACCUGUUCCUAAACCGCCUGCGCCUCCUGCUACUAGCCCUCCGUUACCUGUUCCUGAACUACCGGCGCCUCCUGCUACUAGCCCUUCGUUACCUGUUCCUGAACCACCGGCGCCUCCUGCUACUAGCCCUCCUACCACGUCCCGAAGUCCUCUGUCAUCGCCGAAAUCUCAGGAGGAUGGAGCCCUGCUCUUCCCCAAAGAGGACGUCAAACCGCCCAGAAAGCCCAAAGAUCAAUGUGAGGCCUCGACACCGCCUUGCUGUGAGCAGGGGAAACAACUGCUACGUCUUACCAACGCCAAAGGUGUAAAGUCACUUGAGGGACGGCUGGAGGGAGUUAGUGCCGACAUCGCUAAGGCGGCGGGCAAAAACAAGAAAAAGACCUGCAGUGCGACGGCCAUCAUCGCGGCCAACUUUGAGCCGUUGGACGAUGACGGAUGUAGCGGAUGUCAGGAGGCGCCCGGUUGUGGCCGCCGUAUGUUAAAGGUCCGUCUAGAGCUGUCACCCGCCAAGAGGAGCGCGUGGAUGUUUCAUGUCGCCGGAAGUGAGGAAAACAAUGGAGACAGAAAAAUCGGCAAAAGUAAAAGCGCAGAACUUCAAGGCUGCUUACCAAGCAUCGACGUGUUUGCUAACAACCGCUGUUCCAAUGCCCUAGACUCCAUUCAUUUGAAAGACAGUCUACACGAUUCCGUACAGACGGUCACAUUGUAUAUCAGUCAUCAGCACAUCCGGGUCACCAACGACCGAGGACUCGACUACAGACUUUGUCACGAAUGCCUAUUUGACCUCAAUGCAAAUACACCGGAGAGUUCCAAUUCCAAGUCGGAGAAAAGCGGAAACAGCCGAGAGAAAAAACGUCACGGAAACGUCGCGUAUAUUGGGCUUAAUAGGGUUGUUGGAAGUGCUUCGCGGGCCGGAUAUGGCAUCUGCUCAGCCGAAAUUUCUUGGGCGUGUCCCUGGUGUGAAUAA